AUGUGGUUGGCCAAAGUGAAGUUGGGAGACAAAUCAACGGAAACUUUUGGCGACGGUGGUUGGUUAAUGUACAACGGUAGGCAGGUCCGCAUAGCUCUCAACAGUAGAAGCACUCCACUGGAGAUUAGUGACACUUCCAUUGGGGAAAUAAAAGGAAAGAAUAACUCAAUAGGGAUCAAAUUGAUCGGUGGCUUGAUACGCAUUGCAGUAACACCACACUACGAGAGUAAACUCGACAUGAACACCAAUUUGCAAAUUACUUUGUUUGGUGGUAACAUUCUACGAAACGCAAGCGAUGAAUUUGUGAUCAGGGACUUCACUAUGUUAGCAAAUGGUCUACCAGCAUCUGAAGCCAGAGGUGAAGUUCUUGAUAAUACGAUGAAUAUUAUUGGACGUAUGAUAAAAGAUGGUUAUGAGGCUGUAGCGAAUCCUUUACCUGAUGACGAAAAGAAUGCCUUGGAUAAUGAUAUCAGAAAUUACAAUAAGCUAUUCCUUGGCAUACCUCUUCAUCGCUGUCAGUGA